CCCCAGAUUAACGGGGUGCAGGUCCAGGACCGCGAGGAAGCCGUCGCCAUCCUGACCCAGGAGCAACAAACGAACAUCUCGCUGCUGCUGGCCAGGCCCGAGACCGAGCUCUCCCGGCGCUGGAAGGACAGUGACCGUGACGAUUUCCUGGACGACUUCGGCUCCGAGCACGAACGCGAAAUGAGACCCCGAGCGACCCCUGGGCAGCAGCCUGCCGCGGCCCCGCCCGCCCAGCGCCGGCCCCCCGCUGCCCCCAGCCAGGAGCUGGACAGCGGGGUGGGCCGGACGGACGAGAGCACCCGGAACGAGGAGAGCUCGGAGCACGACCUGCUGGGGGACAGCCCCCCACGCUCGGCCGGCACCCCGGCCCCCCAGCGUCGCCCGGCCCCGCUGCAGGCCCGGGACUUCCACUUCAGCCUGGACUCGCUGCUGCCCGCGCCCGAGGUGCCGGGGCUGACGGACGCCGAGUCCGAGCGGUACCGGGAGCUGCUGGAGCUGCGGGGGCACCUGGCCAACGGGAACGGCCCCGGCGCCCUGCGGCCCGGCCUGGACCUCGACCUCAACCGCAACCGCGCGGCGCUGCUGGAGGAGGAGCUGCGGCACCUGCAGUUCAAAUGCCGCAACAUCCUUCGGGCGCAGAAGAUGCAGCGGCUGCGCGAGCGCUGUCUCAAGGCCUGGCUGCUGGAGGAGGAGGGGGCGCGGGCGCUGAAGAUCCGGGAGGAGCGGAGCGGCAUGACCACGGACGACGACGCCGUCAGCGAGAUGAAGAUGGGCCGGUACUGGAGCAAGGAGGAGCGCAAGCAGCAGCUGCUGCGGGCCCGGGAGCAGCGCCGGCGCCGGGAACUCAUGCUGCAGAGCCGGCUCGACUGGCAGCGGGAGGCGGGGGGCCCGGGGGCCCCCGACCAGCUCACCAUCCUGGCCCUCAGCCACCGCAAGAGCCUCAAGAAACGCAGCCGGCGCAUCCUAGACAAUUGGAUCACGAUCCAGGAGAUGCUGGCGCACGGCGCCCGCUCGGCUGACGGGCACCGGGUCUACAACCCGCUGCUGUCCGUCACCACCGUCUGAGCGGGCGGGGCCAGGCCUGCAGACUCGCUUUCUCCCCCAUGUGCCAGGAUUUGGGGGUGAGCCUACCUCCCCCACGUCGCCACCAUCGGAGGACCCGGGGCCCCCCACUUUUCCAGGGCUGGGGGAGCCCCCAUCCCGACAGAGCAGGAAAGAGGGGGGCCCCUGGUGCUGCUCCUGGACAUGCCUGGCUGCAGAGACAAUGGGGAGAUUUGGGGAGUCCCCCAAUGCUGCUCCAGCCCCCCCUGCCCUACAGGGACCCCCCAGGAUCGGAACCGGGGGCGUGAAGCACAAAGACACUCAGUCAGGCGCGGGGAGGAGGGGGGGACAAAGGCCCCUCCCAGAUGCUCCCCCCCAGGGUGGUUUUUAUGUCGUGUCUGUGAUUCGUGUCUGGUCAGUUCAUCGUUUGUCUGAGUCUGGCAGGGGAGACACCUGCCCCCUCCCCCCCCCCAGCAGAUCCCGAGACCCCCACUUCCCCCUGAACCCCCAGAUCCCACUGCCCCCGAGCCCCACACUUCCCCCUGAUCCCUCCGAACCCCUGAUCCCACUGCACCCCACUGUCCCCUCCCC